AAGAGUAAUGAAUGAGCCCUUUGUUGGGCUUGAAAACAAAAACCACUUUGAUUUUGUGAAAUUCUUACCAUCAUCAUCAUUGCAGUCCAAAGACAACAAGUCAUUGUCCAUUGCGUUUGAUGCACUUGAACAACAAUGCGAGUUGGUCACAUGUUCACGUUUUUCACCAGGAGGUAAGAGCCAGUAGUUGUGCAAGGUCAAGCUCUUGUUCAAUUCUUGACCCAGCAGGAUAAAUACCAGCGUAACCGUCCCAGCCACUAUCAGUUCUACAAGCCUCUCGAGACUGGAGCUUCUACAACCAUGCUCUGCUACAGACUCUGCACCACGCUGCUGCUUGCAACAGCUUGUUUGCUCACAUCAUCAGUUGUUUCCACGGAGACAGCAGUGACCUGCGAUGAUGGAAUCAAUGUCCAGCACUUAAGCUGUGAUAAUGGAGUGAUCAGAGUGCAGGCAGCACUGUACGGACGUAGAGACCGUGAGACCUGCAGUGAGGGCAGGCCUCAGAAUCAGCUUGACAAUACACAGUGCUCUCAAAGCGGCACCGUGGAUAUCCUUAAGACAAGGUGUGAUGGCAGGAAGGUGUGCGAGAUAAACACAAAUGUCGUUCGUACCUCGGAUCCCUGCGUCGGCAUCUUCAAAUACCUGGAGACCAACUACACCUGCUUCCCAGCAAUUCAAACAGUGGCCUGUGAGGGCUCUUUGGCACAUUUGUACUGUGAUGUUGGGCAGGUAAUAUUUGUCUACGGAGCUUACUACGGACGCCUUGACAAGACCACCUGCUCUUACAGGCGGCCUGACUCUCAGAUUCAAAAUGUGUACUGCUCAAACCCCACUCCCAAAGUCGCUGAGAGGUGUAACGGGAAAAACAGCUGUACUGUCAGCGCCAGCAACUCUGUCUUUGGAGACCCCUGCGGUGGCACGUACAAGUACCUGGAGGUGUCUUACGUUUGUGAUUAUCCUGUCACCAUCACUCCAUAAACUUCUCUGAUAUUAGUUUCAUGUCACAAGCAUUUACUUCACUUUCACAAAUAUAAGAUUAAAAUUUCUGUCUCAUUCAAAUUUUAAAUAAGACACUUUGUUAAUCUUGUGGUUUCUCACUGGGAAACAUAUAAUAUUAGUCAACUCUGUUUGUACAAUCUGCAUAACACAAUAAACAUGGCAAAUUUGCAUACUAUAAAA